CUCAGUGAUUACAACCAUCUACAAGCAAGGAAGAAUCAAGAGUGUGUGAGUCAAUUAAUCCAUUCAAGCAUGUAUGGUAAGAUGUUUGUGUCGUUUCUGCUCGUGGCUUUGUCCGUGGUGAGUGCUGGGGUUCCUGGAGGCCCUGUAGAUGCAGACAUUAACGAUGAAGAUGUUCAGAAAGCGUUACAGUUCGCAGUGGCCCAGUACAACAGACAAAGCAACGAUGCGUUUGUACGUAAAGUUUUCAGGGUCAUCAAGGUCCAAAAACAAGUUGUCGCUGGCAUGAAAUACAUGUUCACUGUGAAGAUGGGCAGAACCAACUGCAAAAAGGGUGUAGUUAAGACCCUGUGUGCCAUUCAUAAGAAUCCCAAUGUUGCACGGGUAAUUCAGUGCAGAAUAAUGGUUUGGAGCCGGCCAUGGUUAAACUCCUUUAAAGUCACUGAAAUGACCUGCAUGUAGAGCUCAUGAUGAGUGUUGUUUGGGGGUUUUUAACAUUCAACCAGCAAUAAAAUGUACUUGCUGUUGGUAA